AUGGCACCUUCCCACAAGUCAGACGAAAGAGUGUACGACUCCGAAAGUGGGAGUGACUACGAGGAUGUGGCCUUUGAGGCGCCCAAGGGAUUCAAAAAAGUGCCCCUCAAAGCGCCAGACUCGCUAGGCGACAAGGAAAUCUGGCUUCUCAAGACGCCCAAAGGGUUCCCUCUUGAUAAAUUGAAGACGUUGCCUGUUUCGUUCACGUCUAGAAAAGUCAAAAACGACGGUGUGAAGCCCGUGCUGGUGGACAAGACAAAGUACCAGGUGAACGAGGAGCACUUUUCAUCCGACAAUGCCAAAUACGCUAUCGUCAACAAGGAGUUGAGAGGCAAGCACAUUGACAGAUACUACACGAUAAGAGAGGUUGUUGACAUUCCCAAGAUCGAUUUUGAGGCCGUCACCGUGCCACGUGUGGAUGUGGAGAAAGCUGAGGGUUUGAAGAUGAGGCACUUUGCUACGGGCUACGGAGCCAAGGACUUCGAGGAGGCCCAGCCCAUUGCCGAGCUGAGGCUAGAUGAAGACGGCCGUGUGAUCAAGAAGGCCAGGGUUGCAGAGAAGAAGGAAGAGAAGAAGGAGGAUAAGAAGGACAAGAAGGAGAAGAAGGAGAAGAAAGACAAGAAGGAGAAGAAGGACAAGAAGGACAAGAAAGAGAAGAAGAAGAAGGCUCAGGAAUAG